AUGUCUGAAUACGCAAAGAACAAGCCUGCCGGCUUCAAGAACGCCAUUGAAAAAGUCGCCAUUGUCGGUGCUGGAGGCACGAUUGGAUCCCAUCUCGUCUCUGCUCUUCUGAAAACUGGAAAACACACAGUCACUGCUCUCUCCCGCAAAGACAGCAGCAACAAACUCCCCGAUGGGGUUAACGUCGCCCCCGUUGACUAUAGCGACGAAUCAACCAUCGUUGAGGCGCUGAAGGGCCAAGAGUUCUUCAUCAUCACACUCUCUCCUACUGCCCCUCGCGACACCCACAGCAAACUUGUCCAGGCCGCCGCUAAGGCCGGUGUUCCCUACAUCAUGCCCAACAGCUAUGCCGGCGACAUUGAGCAAGUCCAAUUUGGAGUUGACACAUUGCUCGGACCGGUUGCCAAGGCCCACAGAGAAGAGAUCGAGAAGCUGGGUAUGCAAUGGAUCGCUGUAUGCUGUGGCUUCUGGUACGACUACAGUCUUGCAGGCGGUGAGGCUCGCUUCGGUUUCGACUUCGACAAGCACACCCUGACCAUCUACGAUGACGGCCAAACCAAGAACUCGGUCUCCACCUUGGCUCAAGUUGGCCGCGCCGUGGCCAAGGUGUUGAGCUUCCCGCUGUUCCCUCAAGACGAGGAAGACAAAAGUCUGACGAUUUCAUCAUGGCUCAACAAGGCUGUCUAUCUCAAGAGCUUUGUCGUCAACCAAAACGAGAUCUUUGAGAGUGUCAAGCGCGUCACGGGCACCACUGAUGCUGACUGGACUGUCACCCACGAGAACACAAAGCAGCGAUACGAGGAAGGAAUGGCACUAGUCAAGAAAGGCAAUAUGUCUGGUUUUGGUAAGCUGCUCUAUUCGAGAGCGUUUUACCCGGAAGAUCCUAGCGACUUCGCGGCCAAGGCACAGAAUGAGCUCCUUGAUCUGCCCGAGGAGAAGUUAGAUGACGCUACGAAAGACGGUAUCGAGUUGCUCAAGGAGCUACAGAAGCGUCCUGAGCGUAUGGCAGCAUAA